CCCCGCUGCUGCCCUCCGCUUUCGGUUCACGCUCUCCCGGUGUAGCCCGCCCGAUGGGUGUGGAUGGGCGUGCACCGCCUUCACCUGCCGCGCCGGGAGUAGUGGCUGGAAGCAGCAUCCCUGCUUCACCGCCACUUGUUGAAGUGGGCCAGUGCAGUGCCGUUUUAACCAGUGAUUCAGUUAAGCGCUGGGCUGCUCCCUAAAGGUUGGCGGUUCGAACCCACCCAGCGGCUUCGCGCAGAAAGACCUGGCGAUCUGCAUCGUAAAGAUUACAGUUUAGAAAACCCCAGGGGCAGUUCUGCUCUGUCAGCAGGGUCGCUAUGAGUUGAAAUCGAUUAAACGGGCACCAACAACAGCAUCAGAUGAAAGCCAAUUAAAAGUUGUUUUAGGAUUCCUUAUUCUAUUCAGCUCUGGCACUAACGCCUUCUACCUUAUCGAUCAUCUCAAGAUGUGGUGGCAAAAAGUAUAUGAAUCAAAACCAGGAUUGAAAAAAACAAUUUGAGGGUCAAGGUGUAGACUGCCUUUUCGACUAAGCCAGGAGGAACAAUUUAGUCUCAUUUCAAAAAUCGGUUUCUGCAGCUGGGGUGAAAGCAUAGUAAGGUACAAGUCGUAAGUGGAGAAUGCAGAGCUCUAGAUAGCCUUCCGUGUGGUUCAGAACAGUGUGUACAGCGUUUGGCCGCCAUUCAGUAAAUUCUGCAUGAAGCAGUUUGAGCUCGUGGUUUUGGAUUUACUUUUCAGGAGUAUGUUUUCCAGUGGAAUAAGGUUUAGCAUUGAACAGGAGCUUUCUUUGCCUUUCUGAGGGUAGACUCAUACAGGAGUAUUUAUUUUUAUUGUCUUUGCAUUUUGUUAGAUUGUGGACAGGGAAAAAGUUAAGGCAUAUUUUGGUUAAGUAUUUUUAAGUCUGUGGGAGUUCCAUUCCCAUCCCCCCCACCCCCCCAUGAAUAAUUUUACUUUAGAGGAUUCUAGUAGCUGCUUCUCUUGGGGUUUGAAUCAAAACGCAAGGAUAGACUUCAAAAAAUUCUUAUUCUGGCAGAAUUUUUUUUUUUCUGUCAUUCUCGCAUUUAUCAUUUUCUGUUUGUCUCUUUCCCAGCUGACUUCUGCCUAACAAUCUGCAAUUAUGGCCUUGACCAGUUUAGGAUAUCUAUAGAAAUAAUAUAUUUUUAAAACUUGGGUUAUUAAUAACACUCGUCAUUCCUGAGAAACACGUAAUUUAGUUUACUCAGUUUUUUUUCUUCCUGUGUGUCUUGUUUGACAUCCUAUUGGAUAUGAUUUACACUUGAGAGAUUUAACUUCUUAGGAACAAAGUUACUAAUUUUGAUUUAGAUUAGUUAUGCUACUUUUUAGUGUUUCAUUUUGAAUGGUAAUUUACCUGUUUACCUAGUAACAUCAUUGAAAGGUGAAUACUUUAGCCACCAGGUUAUUCCUGACUGAGAUUUAAAAAAGUAUGUAUCAAAGAUGGUCUUUCAAAUGUCUUAUUUCUCUAAAACACCAGGCUUAUAUAUUGUGAGGUCUUUCUCUUUCCAACACUUAGUUAUGGGAGUUUGGGGUAAAUUUCUUUUUCAAAACAAUUUUAACCAGUUCAAAAAUGAAAAGCUUAAAAUAUUGGAUUAAACAAUUAAAUCUUCAAUUUUCUGUUUAUUCUUGGAUUGGAAUAGAUUACAUAUUUUUGAUUUUUUUCCUAAAGACUUCUCAGUUUAGAGUGAUUUAGUCCAAAGAAAAGCAGACAUUUCUUUCUAUAGCUGUAGAAGAAAGUACUGUUAUUAAAAGCUGAGUUGGCUUUUUAAUAUUUAGUGAGGAUACAUUGAUUGAAUAGUUACUCCUUAUGUAGACUGGGUUCUAUUCUGUAUAAACAGUUGUAAAGAAGCUUAUAAGACUGGGGCUCUAGUUGUUUUUAGAGAUUUAUAUAAUUGUUCUUUAAAGUGUAUAGGAGUAUGUUACUUUAAAUACUGCUAAGUGUAAUAGAAGUUUACAAUCCUUGUCCUGUGAUGAAUAAUUAAAUAUCAUAAGUUAAAGUUAUAUUUUGUAGAAUUAUUUACACAAAGACAUAUUUUAGAUGAUUUAAAUAUAAAAGUAUCUUUUAAUUAAAGGCUCAUCUUAAAAUUCAGUUUUCAGAUCAUUUAAUUACUGAAUUUUGUCCACUUUAAUUUGUGGUAGACUAUGUUAUCAAAUUAUCAGCUACAUUUCAGUUUCAAAAUUAAUCAUAACUUGAAUUCUCACAUCUAUGCAAUAAACAUUGGGAAUGUUUACCCUCAGAUAUGCCUUCUUUCGAGCUGGGGGUGUGUAAAUAAUUUUGAAUGAAUAAAGCUACAAAAAACAAGAACUUAUAUUAAAACAGCUAAAUUACAAGAAUAUCAAAUGAUACUGUUUCAGACAUUAAUACUGCUUUAUUUAACAGUAAUAUGCUUGUUGUACCUGGCAUUAAGGGUAUCCUCUAUAGACCCUUAAUAUAAUUUUUCACAAUUACUAAGGAAGAACCUAUAUUCUGCAUAUUCUGGCACACUAAAUCUGUAAUUAUUUAUGCCAAACAAUUAAUUAAGUGCAUUUUAUACUUCUGAAACGAUUUAAACUUUCUAACCUAGCUGAUUAGUAAUUAGAUUUUGUUUUUUCAGCAUUUUAUAUUUCUAACUUUUUAUAGCACAUUUUUAGUGUAUCUUGCCACUCCUUGGAAACCCUAUGGGGCAGUUCUACUCUGUCCUGUGGAGUUGCUGUGAGUCAGAAUUGACCUGACGGCAACGGACUGGGUUUUUGGUUUUUAACUUCUGAUAUUAUAUCCCUAAAAGUGAAAAGAAAAUUAAAUCUAUAUGCAUCAGAGACUUGUUGGACAGUGGUAUGUAAAUCACAUAACUAUUGUUUUAAAAACAAUAACCACUUAUGUGUGAUUUAAUUUGCAAAUAGGAUGUUUAAUUACUGUGCAAAAGUAUAAUUUUACCAAAUGAAACAGGUUAAAAUAAUAUAUAAUAGGGCCAUAUGUACCCUUGUAAAUGUAAUCUUUGUAGCUAAUGGGUUACUAAGGAUAUUUUAGCAAUAUUUAAAAUUCCAGUACUGCAAAAUAAUUCAUACAUCUUACAGUUUGUUAUAGUGAGAGUUGACCUGCGUUUGGCUGCAAUUUAAACAUGUAAGUCUCAAAUCCUUAAGUGAGGCAGGUCCUUUUUAUGCUUAAUUAAAUAUUUACUUCUAGUCUUUUGGAAAAUAUUUGGUUAAAGAGAGUAAAGGACCACCAGAGGGAGUGUGGGGUCUACACAUUUGGUGUACCUGUUUUCUGCCCUUGAUCUGGAAGAAUAUCAUUUAAAAAAUAAAAAUAAAAUUUUAUUUUGGUUCUGUUAAAACAAGCAGGUAAAAGAUAUUGAAAAGUUGGGGAGUGUAGCUGUUUGGAUGUGCUGUCAUCUUUUGUAACAUUUACUUAAUCAAGGCUAUUUUCUUCUUCUUCUUUUAGAAAAAGGUGUGAUUAUUUGAAAAAUAAAACGGUGUAUUUUCAGAGUGAAAUAAUGGGAUUUUAAGUAAACAGUCAUACAUUUGUAAAACUUAGGGAAUGCUAAUCCAGAUGCUAGGGUUAAGAUUUGUAAAAUUUAUAUACUGUGGAAUAUACCGUGGACUGCCAGAAGAACGAACAAAUCUGUCUUGGAAGAAGUACAGCCAGAAUGCUCCUUAGAAGCAAAGAUGCCAAGACUUCAUCUCACAUACUUUGGACAUGUUAUCAGGAGGAAUCAGUCCCUGGAGAACGAUAUCGUGCUUGGUAAAGUAGAGGGUCAGUGAAAAAGAGGAAAACCCUCAAAGAGGUGAUUUGACAUGGUGGCAGCAACAGUGGACUCAAGCAUAACAACGAUUGUGAGGAUGGCACAGGACCAGGCAGUGUUUUGUUCUGUUGUGCAUAGGGUCGCUAUGAGUCAAAAGUGACUCAAUGGCACCUAACAACAACAACAACAACAAGGUUAAGAUUUGUAAAAUUUAGGGAAUAAAAAAAAUUUUUGCAUUUGUAAAAGUUAGGGCAUAGCCAGAUGUUAGGGCUUUAAGGGAGCCCUGGUGGCGCAGUGAUUAAAGCGCUUGGCAGCUAACCAUUAAGAAUGUAGUGUAUUUGAUUAUGUUUUUGAAAUUGCUUAUUUUUUGGAGGGAGGAAUAAAAGGUGAAGAAAGACUAAAGAAUAAAUGAGGUGUCUUCCCUUUUGUAGUUGCAAACCCUUUCUAAUGAAGGCAAUGGUAAAUUUCUAGAACCAUUUGUACCAUUCUACCUCAGUCUUGGCUAUUUAUAGAUGAUAACCAAGGAGCCACUUCUAGUCCCCUGGAAAUGCUCAUCUGAUUGUCAAAAGCAGAGUGGCAAAUUUCAAACUGAUCUCUUAAAAUACUAGAUUUGUGUGUGUGUUUCUCAGUGUUCCUAUCUCUGGAAAUUAAAGACCCUCCUUUACUAUCAGCUAAAAAUUACACAGUGGAAUUUGAAAGUCAAAAUGUCUCUGUCAUAGACAGAGUGAGUCUUUAUCAGAAUAUAUUCUGAAUGAGGCUGGAAUGUUCUUUGCCCAUGUUAAAUAUUAACCAGUGAAAUUAUUUCCAUGUUUAACUUUUUAAAAAACCAAGACAAUAAAACAAUCCUGUAAUCUUAACACAUAUUUUGUUUUUUGCCCCAGCAUAAAAAAUUAUUAUAUGGUGGAAUAUAGUAACAGUUUUUUUUUUUCUUUUUAUAAUGUUUUGAAAUUCUGGUUUGGGAAGGGAUAUUUACUAUAAAAAGAAGGUGUUUCAUUGAAGCAGAACAGGGUAAUUUACAUGGAGAGAAAUUUGUUUCUCUUGAGUUAUUCUUAGGUUAAAACAUAAUACUAAGAAAAAUUGAGGCUAUCAUUCCUAUCUUGGAUUUAUUUUCACUAUGAACUUCAUAAGUUUUUAAAAAAAAAUCUGUGUUGAUCCUAGAUUAACUUCUUGAAUCUGUUCAAUCUCCAGAAGAUACAUACAUAUAUCUUUUACAUUGUAUAUGAUUGUAUGUAUAAUUGCUAUAUGUAUAUGUGUGUAGAUUAAUCUAUUCAGCUAUCCUGCAUUUCCCAGAUUUAUUUAUAUGUGAAAUCUUUUUUAAAAAUGAAAAUCUUAUUGCACCAAGAGGAAUGAAAGUAUAUGUCUACAAAAAGACUGAUAUAAGAAUGUUCAUAGCAGCCUUGUCCGCAAUAGGAAUGAACAACUGAUCACACAACAACAUACACGUAUCUCAACUAUUAUGCAGAACUAGAGAAGCCAGACACAAGUUUUCUACUUAUAAAAGACAAUGACUACUGAUGAAGGUGCCAAGAACAAUGGAGAAAGCCCAGCAGCAGCUGUUGCUGAACGAGGAGAGGAUAUUACCUCCAAGAAGGACAGAGGAGUAUUAAAGAUUGUCAAAAGAUUGGGAACUAGUGAGGAAACACCAAUGAUUGGAGACAAAGUUUAUGUCCAUUACAAAGGAAAAUUGUCAAAUGGAAAGAAGUUUGAUUCCAGUCAUGAUAGAAAUGAGCCAUUUGUCUUUAGUCUUGGCAAAGGCCAAGUUAUCAAGGCAUGGGACAUUGGAGUGGCUACCAUGAAGAAAGGAGAGAUCUGCCACUUACUGUGUAAACCAGAAUAUGCAUAUGGCUCAGCUGGCAGUGUCCCCAAAAUUCCCUCGAAUGCAACACUCUUUUUUGAGAUUGAGCUCCUUGAUUUCAAAGGAGAGGAUUUAUUUGAAGAUGGAGGCAUUAUCCGGAGAAUCAAACAGAAAGGAGAGGGAUACUCAAACCCAAAUGAAGGAGCAACAGUAGAAAUCCACCUGAUAGGCCGCUGUGGUGGACGGCUGUUUGAUUGCAGAGAUGUGAUAUUUAUUGUUGGCGAAGGAGAAGAUCAUGACAUUCCAAUUGGAAUCGACAAAGCCCUUGAGAAGAUGCAGCGGGAAGAACAAUGUAUUUUAUAUCUUGGACCACGAUAUGGUUUUGGAGAGGCAGGCAAGCCUAAAUUUGGCAUUGAACCUAAUGCUGAGCUUAUAUAUGAAGUUACACUUAAGAGCUUCGAAAAGGCCAAAGAAUCCUGGGAGAUGGAUACCAAAGAAAAAUUGGAGCAGGCUGCCAUUGUCAAAGAGAAGGGAACCGUAUACUUCAAGGGAGGCAAGUACAUGCAGGCAGUGAUUCAGUAUGGAAAGAUAGUGUCCUGGCUAGAGAUGGAGUAUGGUUUAUCAGAAAAAGAAUCGAAGGCUUCUGAAUCGUUUCUGCUUGCUGCCUUUCUGAACCUGGCCAUGUGCUACCUGAAGCUUAGAGAGUACACCAAAGCUGUCGAAUGCUGUGAUAAGGCCCUUGGACUGGACAGUGCCAAUGAGAAGGGCUUGUACAGGAGGGGUGAAGCCCAGCUGCUUAUGAACGAGUUUGAGUCAGCCAAGGGUGACUUUGAGAAGGUGUUAGAAGUGAAUCCCCAGAAUAAGGCUGCAAGACUGCAGAUCUCCAUGUGCCAGAAGAAGGCUAAGGAGCACAAUGAGCGGGACCGCAGGAUAUAUGCCAACAUGUUCAAGAAGUUUGCAGAGCAGGAUGCAAAGGAAGAAGCCAGUAAAGCAAUAGGCAAGAAAACUUUAGAAGGGGUCACUGAUGAAAAAGGAACAGAAGGUCAAGCAAUGGAAGAAGAGAAACCCGAAGGCCGCGUAUGACACCACGCUGUGGAGGGAAGAGAGUCCUAAUGAACUCAGCCCCCU